GACAGCUGAAGGCUGUGUAGCUGUCGAAGUGUCGAAAGUGUUCGAUACGAAUUAAUCUAAAUUGAGGAAUUUUUGUGCGGCUCCGAUUUAAAUUUGUGUGGAUGGUGCUGUUUAGAACAUACAUAUGAAUUUCAUUAGAAUAUGUCCAGUUUGAAACUCGAGUAGAAGCAUGAGUGAUUGCUAUAUUUAAUUAGUCGUAUGUGGUCAUGUUGGAAACCAGGUCUGUUCGUGGAAUGCCAGAACCUUCUUGGCAGUCUAAAAGUAACUUUGGGACUAGAGUACCAUCUCACCAAAUGGCUGUUCCAAAUGCUCGACAUGGAAAAACAGGUCAGGACGACGUCUGUUAUGUUAUUGCAAAGUACGAUUAUGCUGCACAAGGACCUCAGGAAUUGGAUCUUAGAAAAAAUGAGAGAUACUUCCUUCUUGACGAUUCCAAACAUUGGUGGAAAGUUCAGAAUUCAAGAAAUCAAGCUGGUUAUGUUCCUAGCAACUAUGUCAAGAAAGAGAAACCAUCCUUAUUUGACAGCAUCAAAAAGAAGGUAAAAAAAGGUUCGGGAUCUAAAACUCUUCCUUCAAAUAAUUCACCAUCCAGGACAGUGGAUUCUCCAAACAUGGCAAGGCGACAGGCUGCUGAUCCUUCUGAAGCCAUUGGAGUUGCUGUGGUUAAAUAUAAUUAUCAAGCACAGCAAGCCGAUGAACUGUCAUUAUCAAAAGGGUCAAGAGUCCUAAUUUUAGAGAAAAGUAAUGAUGGAUGGUGGAGAGGUCAAAGUGGAAACCAAGUUGGUUGGUUCCCGUCCAAUUAUACCCAAGAGGAAGGAGAUGCUGAUGACACAUUCCACACUUAUGCUAUGGCUGAAAAUGUUUUGGACAUUGUUGUGGCACUAUAUUCCUUUUCUUCCACAAAUGAUCAAGAAUUAUCGUUUGAAAAGGGAGAUAGACUAGAGAUCAUCGACCGACCACCAAGUGAUCCGGAAUGGUACAAGGCAAGAAACUCCCAAGGACAGAUUGGUCUGGUACCGAGGAAUUACUUACAGGAGCUUUCUGAAUAUUUAACACAGCCCUAUCAAGAAAGGAACAAGCAAGAUAGGAUAGACAUAAUGGAAAGGUCACAGCAGCAACUGGUUGAUAAGCCUCAUUUAAUGGACAGGCCAUGGUAUUAUGGACCGAUAACCCGAAAUGAUUGUGAUAAUUUAUUGAAUAGACGAGGACAUGAUGGUGAUUUCUUGAUCAGAGACAGCGAGACAAACGUGGGAGAUUAUUCUGUAUCACUUAAAGCGCCUGGACGUAACAAGCACUUCAGGGUGCACGUUGAGGGCGCCCUCUACUGCAUAGGACAACGAAAAUUCCACACCUUGGAUCAACUAGUUGAUCACUACCAGAGAGCACCCAUUUAUACUAAUAAACAGGGUGAAAAACUUUACCUUGUACGUCCACUCCCAAAACCUGCCAAUGGAUAACCUUUUUGAAUGAAGUUGCAUAGUCUAAGUAGAACAAUAUUUGUGUGAGUGUUGUAUGAAUUUUUUUGCAGUAGCUCGUAAUGAUAAACUUGACGACUUUCUUGAAAUUCAUUCGAUUAUCUGGUCAUAAUAUUUGUGAAUAUGUUUAUUUUAUUUAAGUUAUUAUUAAUAAAUGUAGAAGAUGUACUUUGAAGCUACAUUUUCUGCAUAUUUGUGAGAUGGAUGAAUUGAGUAACCAUUGAUUGAAGUCUGAAGUGUGAUGAUUUUUAUUUCACUAAAUAAACUCAGUGCAAAUUA